CCGGUUAGGUGGGGCGGGGCCGGAAGUGGAAGAAGAAGGCGGCGGCUGAAGAGGUUCGGGAGCUUGCGGAGUUGGAGUCGGUGCCUCCGGGUGCCAUGGGCUGGUGUGAAGCUCACUGAAGGGACGUGGGGCGGGGCCAUGGCCGGCGCUCGGGCCGCCGCCGCCGCUUCGGCGGGGUCCUCUGCCUCUUCAGGCAACCCACCGCCGCAGGAGCCGGGGCUCGGGGAGUUGCUGGAGGAGUUCUCGCGGACUCAGUACCGGGCCAAGGACGGCAGCGGGUCGAGCGGCUCUAAGGUUGAGCGCAUUGAGAAGAGAUGUCUGGAACUGUUUGGUCGAGACUACUGUUUCAGCGUGAUUCCAAAUGUGAAUGGGGAUAUCUGUGGCCAUUACCCCCGGCACAUCGUGUUCCUGGAGUAUGAGAGCUCUGAGAAGGAGAAAGACACGUUUCAGAGCACUGUGCAGGUGAGCAAGCUGCAAGACCUCAUCAACCGCAGCAAGAUGGCCAGGUGCAGAGGACGAUUCGUUUGCCCAGUGAUCCUGUUCAAAGGCAAGCAUAUUUGCAGGUCAGCCACGCUGGCUGGAUGGGGGGAGCUGUAUGGACGCUCCGGCUACAACUAUUUUUUCUCAGGGGGUGCAGAUGAUGCCUGGGCUGAUUUGGAGGACGUCACAGAGGAGGACUAUGCUCUGCGAAGUGGUGAUGUGCACCUUUUUGAUAAGGUCAGAGGCUAUGACAUCAGGCUGCUUCGGUACCUGUCAGUCAAGUACAUCUGUGACCUGAUGGUGGAAAACAAGAAGGUGAAGUUUGGCAUGAAUGUAACCUCCUCUGAGAAGGUGGACAAAGCCCAGCGCUAUGCUGAUUUCACUCUUCUCUCCAUCCCAUAUCCAGGCUGUGAAUUUUUCAAGGAAUAUAAGGAUCGAGAUUACAUGGCCGAAGGGCUCAUUUUUAACUGGAAGCAGGACUAUGUUGAUGCCCCACUGAGUAUCCCCGACUUCCUGACUCAUACUCUGAACAUUGACUGGAGCCAGUAUCAGAGUUGGGACCUGGUGCAACAAACACAAAACUACCUGAAAUUGCUGCUUUCCAUAGUAAACAGUGAUGAUGACAGCGGGCUGCUGGUACACUGUAUCUCAGGCUGGGAUCGGACCCCCCUCUUCAUCUCUCUCCUACGCCUUUCCUUGUGGGCUGAUGGGCUCAUCCACAUGUCCCUGAAGCCUGCUGAGAUUCUCUACCUGACUGUGGCCUAUGACUGGUUCCUCUUUGGGCACAUGUUGGUAGAUCGACUCAGCAAAGGAGAGGAGAUUUUCUUCUUCUGCUUCAAUUUUUUGAAGCAUAUCACUUCUGAGGAGUUCUCUGUACUAAAGACCCAGAGGAGGAAGAGUUUGCCAGCCCGGGAUGCAGGCUUCACAGUGGAAGAUAUCUGCAUGCUGAGACGAAGAGACCGUGGCAGUACCACCAGCCUGGGCAGCGACUUCUCCCUGGUCAUGGAGAGCUCCCCAGGUGCCGCAGGGAGCUUCACCUACGAGGCUGUGGAGCUGGUCCCAGCAGGAGCACAGACCCAGGCAGCUUGGAGGAAAAGCUGCUCAUCCUCCCCACAGAGUGUGCUCUGGAACCGCCCGCAGCCCUCAGAGGACCGCCUCCCUUCCCACCCCGGGCUGGCUGAAGCCAGGUCCUCCAGUUCUUCAUCCUCAAACCAUUCUGACAACUUUUUCAGGAUGGGAAGCAGUCCCUUGGAGGUCCCGAAACCCAGAUCAGUGGACCAUCCCCUGCCCGGAUCCUCUCUCUCCACAGACUUUGGCAGCUGGCAGAUGGUAACGGGCUGUGGCAGUAUUCAGGAACGGGCUGUCCUGCACACAGACUCCUCUCUCCCUUUCAGCUUCCCGGAUGAGCUCCCUAACAGUUGUCUGCUUGCAGCCCUGAGUGCUCGGGAAACACGGUUGCAGGAGGUACGCUCUGCCUUCUUGGCUGCAUACAGCAGCACCGUGGGGCUCCGGGCAGCAGCCCCCAGUCCUUCUGGUGCCAUUGGGGGCCUGCUGGAACAGUUUGUCCGUGGUGUUGGUCUCCGGGGCACCAGCACCAGCACCUUGUGAUGCAACCAGACUGCAACAGGUUCCUGCUCCUCUCUCAGCUGAGCCUUAGUGGAAUCAAAGCCAUGCCUGGCAAAGGGGUAUUUGGAGGCCAUGGGGAUGUCUCACACCCUCUUCUCCGACAUGCACACAGCAGCCCCAAAGCUGAGCAGGGCCAAGGACAGGGCUUGCCAAUCCCCAACCUCCUGACUCGUGACCACCACCCACUCUUGUCACUGCCUCCCACCCACCACGGUCUUUACAGGAUUCCCAUCAAUUUUCAGAACCAUGUGGGGUUUCCCUGAGGCCUUGUGGAAGCCAUGACAUCAUAAACGACCCCAGCCCCCAAUUCUUGUUCCCUGGAGUGAGGGGUCACCUGCACUGAGAAUGAGACAACUUGACACCAAUCACAAAAUAAAAUCAAAGUCUUUUGGAA